AGCGGGUGAAGCGGGGUCAGGGACCCGCCGCUGGCGAUCCCUUCUCUCCGCUGGUAACUGUCCGCUCCGCGCUCGGCCACCAUGGCUGUGCUGGCGGCCCUUCUGCGCGUUUGCGCCCGCGGGCGCAGCCCCCUGCUUCGGAGGCGGAUGCAGGAAAUAAGAUAUGUGGAACGAAGUUAUGUAUCAAAACCCACUUUGAAUGAAGUGGUCAUAGUAAGUGCUGCAAGAACACCCAUUGGAUCCUUUCUAGGCAGCCUUUCCUCUCUGCCAGCCACUAAACUUGGUUCCAUUGCAAUUCAGGGAGCCAUUGAAAAGGCAGGGAUUCCAAAAGAAGAAGUGAAAGAAGCAUACAUGGGUAAUGUUCUACAAGGAGGUGAAGGACAAGCCCCUACAAGGCAAGCAGUACUGGGUGCAGGCUUACCUAUUUCUACUCCAUGUACCACUGUAAACAAAGUUUGUGCCUCAGGAAUGAAAGCCAUCAUGAUGGCCUCUCAGAAUCUUAUGUGUGGACAUCAGGAUGUGAUGGUGGCAGGUGGGAUGGAGAGCAUGUCCAAUGUUCCCUACGUAAUGAACAGAGGAGCAACACCAUAUGGUGGUAUAAAGCUUGAAGAUUUGAUUGUAAAAGAUGGGCUAACUGAUGUCUACAAUAAAAUUCAUAUGGGCAACUGUGCUGAAAAUACUGCAAAGAAGCUGAAUAUUGCACGAGAUGAACAGGAUACUUAUGCUAUUAACUCCUAUACCAGAAGUAAAGCAGCAUGGGAAGCUGGAAAAUUUGGAAAUGAAGUUGUUCCUGUCACAAUUACAGUAAAAGAUUUUGUUUUAGGUAAACCAGAUGUAGUGGUGAAAGAAGAUGAAGAAUAUAAACGUGUUGAUUUCAGCAGAGUUCCAAAGCUGAAGACGGUUUUCCAAAAAGAAAAUGGUACAGUAACGGCUGCCAAUGCCAGCACACUGAAUGAUGGAGCAGCUGCUGUGGUUCUGAUGACUGCAGAUGCAGCCAAGAGGCUCAGUGUUAAACCACUGGCAAGAAUAGCAGCAUUUGCUGAUGCUGCUGUAGAACCUGUUGAUUUUCCAGUUGCACCUGCAUAUGCUGUACCUAAGGUUCUUAAAGAUGCAGGAUUGAAAAAAGAAGAUAUUACAAUGUGGGAAAUAAAUGAAGCCUUUAGUGUGGUCGUACUAGCAAACAUUAAAAUGCUAGAGAUUGAUCCCCAAAAAGUGAAUGUCAAUGGAGGAGCUGUUUCUCUUGGACAUCCGAUUGGGAUGUCUGGAGCCAGGAUUGUCGUCCAUUUGGCUCAUGCCUUGAAGCAAGGAGAAUAUGGUCUUGCCAGUAUUUGCAACGGAGGAGGAGGUGCUUCUGCCAUGCUGAUCCAAAAGCUGUAGACAACUUCUGUUGUCUAAGGCAACAACCCUAUGUAGCCAGAAAGGCCUGCUGUAAUCAGGGUGACUGAUUACCCUGGGUCAGCUUGUAUGAAAAUAAUGUUUCACUUUUUAUUAUUUUCAACUCUUUUUUAAAAAAUAAGAUAAAAAAUCAAAUCCCCAAACCUUUUGAGAUUACACAGUAAUUUUUCCUUCUACUUUACAUUUUUUCUAAUCUUGAACACAUUUUUUGUUAUAAGGCUGUACUGUUUAAAAUACCACUGUGCAAUAUUAGUGACUUAUAAGUAGCUAGAAGCUUCCAUUUUAGAGAAUAAAUCUUAAUUUACAUUUUUGAGGACUGUUAAA